AUGUGCUCAAACGUUCCUGGACGUGUUGCUCCAGCAACAUGUGAACCGUGUAAACUAAACAGCGCAUCGACAGUAGCAACGGUAUUUUGUGCAACUUGUGACGAGUUUCAAUGCAACGAGGCUCACGAGAUAUACACUGGUAUGAAAAAUCAUGAAUUGAUGAAAGCGUCUGAAUCGAGACGCCAUCUUGUAGGCUUGAAACUGUGCGAUGAACAUAAAAAUGACCUCAGGUUCUUUUGUGAAGUUGACAAUAAGCUGUGCUGUGGUAUGUGUGCGUUUACGGAACACAGGACUUGUAAAAAUGUGGCAGAAAUAGGAACAUAUGCGCGAUUGUUAUCUCAUGACACGGACACUUUGAUAGAUGCCAUGUGUAAUUUUUUUCAAAGUACUGUUACAUCAUAUAGAAGUAUCUUAGAGAAGAAAACAAAGGACCUGCUUUAUCACGUCGAACGAAUUCCGGAAUGCAUAGAUGCUCUUCAGGCAAAUAUAAAUGAAAACUUGGACGACAUUCUACAAAAUGUUGUCAAGGAAGCAAACGGUGUGAUGGAGAAGAAGGGAAUGACAAUAACGGAACGAAAACGAAAAUGUAAGAUGCUUUAUUCCGAAAUUCAAGACUUACUCAUUAAUAUAGAUCAAAUUAUUGAGAGGGGUACAUCUGACCAAAAGUUUAUCACACAACACAAGCUCGUAGAGAUAUAUGAGGGUUACUUGGAAAAAGUAAAAUAUCUAGCAUCCAGUAUUGACAGUUUAGACUUUAAACUAGAUCUUGAGAUUGGCACUAGCAAGAAAUAUCUAGGCCAUCUCUAUACCUUCAUUACAAAAGAAAUGAUGACAAAUGAGGAAGAGUUACAAGGUACUGCUAUUGAAAACGUUGCUUCAAGAGAUUUAAAGAAAUCUGAAGACGAUGUUACAGUUUCAUUUUAUUUAGGAAUAGACUUUCUACUUGACGGAAGACUGAUUGCAGCAGAUAACAAGAAUAAGAGAAUAAGAAACUUGUACUCUUCAAUCAAAAGCUCGAAGUGA